GAGGUGCUUCGUCGACUUUCCAAUUUUGGUAAAUCAAAUUUGUAAAAUUCUUAACCAUUUAUUACAGAGAAAAUUCACUGAUAAAAGUUUAUCUUAAGAUGAUCUGGAGUGUUAUCAAUAAUUUUUGGAUAUUUUUACAAAUAUUUUAAUGCAGUUUUACGUUCUAUCCGCAUGACGACUAGGUUAAAUCUUCAUUAUUAUCUCUUUAAAAAUGACCUUAACAAUUUACUUAAAUUGAAUGUAAGUGCUUGUUAGUAACUGAGUAAUCAUUUUGGUGUUAACUAUUUUCUUCUUGCUUCUCGUAGUAAAUGAUAAAGCUUAUAACAAUAAUGUCCGAAAAUCUUUCUGAUAAACAAAAACUUGAUAUUAUUAAAGAAAAUAUAAAAGCUUUUGAAGAUUUUCCAAAACCAGGAAUCAUUUUCAGGGACAUAUUUUCGGUAUUAGCAGAUCCCAGUCUUUUUAAACUGCUGCAUGAAGUUUUACUUUCCCACGUUAAAGAAAUUCAACCACCUGUGGAAUAUAUAUGCGGAGUUGAUUCAAGAGGCUUUAUUUUUGGCAGUAUUUUAGCAGUUUUUUUAAGAGUUCCUUUUAUUCCAAUCCGAAAGAAAGGGAAGCUUCCUGGACCAGUUGAUUCAAUAACCUAUGAAUUGGAAUAUGGGCAGGAUACUCUUGAAAUUCAAACAAACAUCAUUAAAGAAGGAGGUCGAGUAUUAAUAGUAGAUGAUUUACUCGCAACUGGUGGUACAUUGUGGGCAGCGGCUAUGUUAAUAUCCAAUUUAAAGGCUGAAGUAGUGGAGUGUCUUACAAUUAUUGAACUGUUAGAUCUAAAAGGUCGGAAUAAAAUUCCGUUUCCCGUAUAUUCUCUCAUACAGUUUUGAAAUAUUAAUGUGACACUUAUACAACUAUAACAAUUUUUAUAUUAUUCCUCAUUUGAAAAGCGGCUUCAUAUACAACUGAUUGACUAAUAAUACUAAUAUUUUUUACAU